AUGACUGUUGAAGAGUUUGAUCCAUUAGGGGGCCAUACUAUCUGGCAGGUUAUCAUAAUUGUCUUCCUGACUGGAUGCCUUUCUCUUGUCACUGUUGUUGGCAACAUUCUAGUUUUAUUGUCAUUCAAGAUAAAUAAAGCUCUGAAGACAGUGAACAACUACUACCUGCUUAGCCUGGCAUUUGCUGACCUGACCAUUGGCACUUUGUCCAUGAACCUGUAUACCAUCUACAUCAUCAUGGGCCAGUGGGCAUUGGGGCCAGUGGUUUGUGACUUGUGGCUUGCAAUAGACUAUGUGGCCAGUAAUGCCUCAGUCAUGAACCUGCUUGUCAUCAGCUUUGACAGGUAUUUUUCUGUGACCAGACCUUUGACUUACAGGGCAAAGCGUACAACUAAGCGAGCAAUGACCAUGAUUGGAUUAGCCUGGACAAUCUCCUUUAUUCUUUGGGCCCCAGCUAUACUGUUUUGGCAGUACAUUGUGGGUGAGCGAACAGUUCAGCCAGACGAGUGCUACAUCCAGUUUUUGUCUGAACCCAUAAUUACCUUCUGCACUGCUAUUGCUGCAUUCUACCUGCCAGUGACUAUCAUGGCAGUUUUGUUUUGGAAAAUGUACCAGGAAACAGAGAAACGAGCUAAAGAUGUGCAAAGCCUUAAAGGAUCUGGUGUAACCAGCAACCCAAACCAGGAUCAGAACCAAGGGAGUAAUAGUGGAAGGGAGAGAGAGGGUUCAGUUAAUAGCCAGAAGAUUUCAUUAACCAAGCUACACCAGAUGGGCUCCCAAACCCACAGUAGCUGUGAACUCUAUCAGCCUUCCCCACAGAAGAACAACAAGCUAAGUGCCAUCUUGGCCCGAGGAAGCCAAGUUAGGUGUCAUACAUUCUGUUUCCGAUUUUCCUCGCUUCUGGCUGAUCGUCAUACAUCCAAUAGGUCCUGCAAUGCAAGUACAGUAAGCAAGGCAGAGCACAGCAGCUGUGACAACUUUACCAAUGCUUCUGAAGACCAGACUGUUUCAGAGGAGAAAGCUAAUGAGACGGAUCAUUCCCAGCAUCCAACAGAGCGAUUACUCACAAUCAAAAGUCCCAAAUGGUCCAACAGUGUUACGUCCUCUUCUACUCCAGAUCAGACACCUGAAGCUAUGACCACAAGAGAUGUUGCAUUAGCCAAACGCUUUGCUUUAAAAGCCAAAACAGAGAUCAACAAGCGCAAAAAUGAAAAGAAGGCUAAUGAGAAAAAAGCAGCAAGAACACUUAGUGCCAUCCUGUUUGCCUUCAUAAUGACAUGGCUACCAUAUAAUAUCAUGGUGUUGGUCAACACUUUCUGUCAGGGCUGUAUUCCUGAAACUCUGUGGGCUCUUGGCUACUGGCUGUGUUAUGUUAACAGUACAGUCAACCCCAUGUGCUAUGCUCUUUGUAACAAAACCUUUCGUACAACUUUUAGGGAUAUUUUAUUAUGUCAGUGGAAGAAAAGAAAGAACAUUUCUAAUUUUCAUCAAAGACAGGCUGCUGUGUUCAGAAAGAAAGACACAAGUUAG